AUGGUAAGCAUAUACAUGUCAAAUCCAAGAAGGAGGCAUUAUGAAGCGGUCAAGUGGAUAUUGAGAUAUCUCAAGAGAGCUUCUGAUGUUGGUGUGACCUUUCGAAAAGGUCGUGAAGGUAUUUCAAUUCUCAGUUAUGUGGAUUCUGACUAUGAAGGGGAUCUUGACAAAAGGAGGUCCAUAUUUGGAUACAUCCUAACUCUUGUUGGCAGUUCCGUUAGUUGGACAUUAACUCAACAGUCGAUUAUCCCUUUGUCUACAACAGAAGCGCAAUACAUGGCAGCAGCGCAGGCGGUGAAAGAAGCAAUCUGGUUGAAAGGUUUGAUGAUAGAAUUGAGUUUGAUUCAACAGGAAUCAACUUUUAGAUGUGAUAGUUAG